AUGCGGCAUCAAAAGUGGCUACUACCUCUACUGGCAGCAGGGAGUACAGCUGCCCCUGCAAACACGGCCAAAGACAGCGUCUCCUCUGUCGUGAAGAAUGGCGUCACAUAUACCGUCUUUGAGCAUGCCGCGACCGGUGCGAAGAUGGAGUUUGUCAAGAACUCCGGCAUCUGCGAAACAACCCCCGGGGUUAAUCAGUACUCGGGCUAUCUCUCAGUCGGGAACAACAUGAACAUGUGGUUCUGGUUUUUUGAGGCGCGGAACAAUCCCUCACAAGCUCCUCUGGCUGCCUGGUUCAACGGCGGUCCUGGAUGCUCGUCCAUGAUCGGUCUAUUCCAAGAAAACGGCCCUUGUCACUUCGUUAACGGGGACAGCACCCCCUCGCUGAAUGAAUACAGCUGGAAUAACUACGCCAACAUGCUAUAUGUUGACCAGCCCAUCGGUGUUGGUUUCUCUUACGGUACGGACGAUGUGACCAGCACGGUCACUGCUGCGCCGUACGUCUGGAAGCUGCUGCAGGCGUUCUAUGCACAGUUUCCAGAGUACGAAAGCCGUGAUUUCGCCAUCUUCACCGAGUCAUAUGGUGGACACUAUGGCCCUGAAUUCGCCGCGUACAUCCAGGAGCAAAAUGCUGCUAUCAAGGCUGGAUCCGUCUCAGGCCAAAACGUCAACCUGAUCGCCCUUGGUGUUAACAACGGUUGGAUCGACUCUGCAAUUCAAGAAAAGGCUUAUAUCGAUUUUAGUUACAACAACACGUAUAAGCAGCUCAUCGACGACUCCCAACGCACGAGCUUCCUGAGCGCCUACAAUGACCAAUGUCUUCCUGCUAUCCAACAGUGCGCGCAAUCAGGAAGCAACUCCGACUGCCAGAAUGCCGAUAGUGUCUGCUCUAAUAACAUCGAGGGACCGAUUAGUAGCUCGGGCGACUUCGACGUCUAUGAUAUCCGGGAGCCAUCGAAUGAUCCAUAUCCACCUUCGACAUACUCGACUUAUCUCUCCGAUCCCAACGUUGUAAAGGCCAUUGGGGCGCAGUCCAGCUACCAGGAAUGUCCGAACGGGCCGUACAAUAAGUUUGCGUCUACUGGUGAUAACCCUCGAUCUUUCCUCUCUACACUCUCCAGCGUGGUCCAGUCCGGCAUCAACGUGCUAGUCUGGGCAGGUGACGCCGACUGGAUCUGCAACUGGCUCGGCAACUACGGAGUAGCCAAUGCAGUGGACUUUUCAGGACAUGCAGACUUUAGCGCAAAGGACCUGGCACCAUACACCGUCAAUGGCACCGAAAAGGGCAUGUUCAAGAAUGUGGACAAUUUUUCAUUUUUGAGGGUGUACGGGGCUGGACAUGAGGUUCCUUACUACCAACCCGAGACAGCGCUGCAGGUGUUCGAGCAGAUUCUUCAGAAGAAGCCAAUUGCCUCAACUUGA